UGCCGGUGCCAACUUGACAGGUCGGACAUUCGUUGUUUGCUAAAGCCGAACCUGCUUCGGCGAGGCGCGGGCGUCGCUUCCCUUUGCCAGUUUUCAACCCAAGCGGAGACAAGGAGCUGUCAGAGAGCUGCGGUGACAUGCAGCCUGUCAGGCUGCUGGACAGCGAGCUGGAAACCCCCACCAUGCUAGGAGCUGUAGCUCAGCGCGUGCUAGCAGCUAACCCUGGACGGCCAGAGUGGGACUUCUCCGCGUGACGUCAUCGCCGCCGCUCCUCAACAUCACCAGCGACUUUAGUUCUCGGUAGUGUUUUACAAGACGCUGUGGAGCACCAGAAAUAAAGUGCGCUCAAACAUAAAAGUUGACACAAAUAAUGUAGAAGGAAAAUUAUUUGUGCAAAACUUUUUUUUUUUUAAAGUCAUUGUGGAAAUGUUUUAAAAUUAGCGAAAAUUGUAAACGAAAGUCCCCUGACAGCUCCGGUUUUAUGCGGUCUAGCUUUAAAUAUUCCGUUUUGUUUGUGAAAAGCGGGUAUUAUUCCCUCCGGUGAACUGUAAUAACUCAGAUGAUCAGCAUGGGAGUCUCUGUGAUCUGCACUCUGCUCUACAUCGUCCUGGACUGCGUCUUCUCCACCGUCCUCUACGUCAGAGGGACGCAGCUCUCCCUCUUCACACGGGAUGUCCUGGACUUUCACAUCCAGAGCUCUGUCCUGGACCUCUGGGGGACGGCGCUGCUCCGGGCGGCCCUCCUGCUGGGGGCCUCCAUAGGGGUCGCAUGGAACAGGGAGGACGGUCCACCCAGAGUGGCCCAGCUCAGCACCGUGGUCCUCCUCUUCUGCAUGGUGGCCAUCACCUAUGCCUUGGCCAAGCUGCUGAUGCUGACCGAGCUGGAGGCCCUCAGCCGGCAGCCGUGGCUCCUGGGCCUGAUCGCUUGGACUUGCGCCUCCUCCCUGGGCGUCGUGAUGCUCUGGAGGCAGCUUGGGAGGGUUUCCAGCUCUGCGAGCGGGCCGGCCGCCGGGAGCAGCCGUGGUGGAGGAGGCAGGGUGUCUGGGGACGGGGAAAAGCUGCUGGGGACAGCUGAUGAAGAGGAGGAGGAGGAGGGAGAGGGGAAGGAGAAGGUCAGCUCCAGGGCGACACUGGGCCGCUUGCUCAGCUACUGCAGGAAGGAUGUAGGACUACUUUCUUUGGCUGUCCUCUUCCUGGUCGUCUCUGCAGUGUGUGAAGCUUUCAUUCCAUUCUACUACGGGCUGGCUAUAGACAGCCUGGUGGUUCACCACAGCUUGGAGGACUUUGCUAAACCUGUGGUCGCGGUGGCUUCGCUGGCUUUGAUCAGUUCGCUGGCCAUGGGAGUGCGAGGAGGGGUCUUCACCCUGACAUUUGCCAGAUUAAACCUCCGGCUCAGGAGCAGCCUCUUCAGAACCCUGAUGAGGCAGGAAAUUGCCUUUUUCGAUGAAAACCACACCGGGGACAUCCUUUCACGCCUGUCAGCAGACACCACCCAGGUGAGCGACCUCAUCUCCCAGAAUGUCAACGUCUUUUUGAGGAGCGCCAUCAAGGGCACCGGCUUCGUGGUCUUCAUGUUCAGGAUGUCCUGGAAGCUCACGCUGGUCACCUUGAUGGGUUUCCCGUUCAUCGGCCUGGUCUCUAAGCUUUACGGUGAAUACUACAAGAAACUGACCAAGGAGGUGCAAACGGUCCUCGCCGAGGCCAACAAGGUCGCCGAGGAGACCGUCUCCGCCAUGAGGACGGUGCGGAGCUUCGCCAACGAGAGCGGGGAGGCCGAGUCCUACUGCGCCAAGCUGUUGGUCAUGUUCCAGCUCAACAAAAAACAAGCCCUGGCCUACGCCUGCUACAUGUGGUCCAGUUGUAUAUCCGAGCUCGCCCUGGAAGUCGCCGUCCUCUACUACGGAGGCCACCUCGUCCUCACCAAUCAGUUGAGCAGCGGUGGCCUGAUUUCCUUUUUCAUUUACAUGCUGGAGCUGGGAGAGUGUUUUGAGAGCAUCGCGUCGGUGUACACGGGCCUCAUGCAGGGGGUCGGAGCUGCCGAGAAGCUGUUCGAGUAUCUGGACAGGAAGCCCAAGCACCCUGCUGAGGGCACGGAGGCCCCAGACGCGUGCGCCGGUCUGGUGGAAUUCAAAGACGUCACCUUUGCUUAUCCGACGCGGCCGGAGAUCGACGUGCUCAAGGGGGUGUCCUUCUCCCUGCGGCCCGGAGAGGUGACUGCCUUGGUGGGGCCUUCAGGCAGUGGAAAGAGCUCCUGUGUGAGUCUGCUCGAAAAUUUCUACCUUCCUCGGCUAGGCCAGGUGCUGCUGGACGGAAAGCCGGUCAACGAGUUUCAGCAUGAGUAUCUCCACUCCAAGGUUGCUCUGGUGGGCCAGGAACCUGUGCUGUUUGCCCGAAGCAUUAAGGAGAACAUCACCUACGGACUGAGUGAUGUUCCCAUGGAAGCUGUGGUGCAGGCUGCCACCAAGGCUAACGCUCAUGACUUUAUCACCGGCCUCACCAAAGGCUAUGAGACAAGUGUUGGGGAGAAGGGCAUGCAGUUGUCUGGGGGACAAAAACAGAGGGUGGCUAUAGCGAGAGCUCUCAUCCGGCAUCCCCGUGUCCUCAUCCUGGACGAGGCUACAAGCGCUCUGGAUGCACAAAGUGAACAUAAUGUUCAGCAGGCUUUGAACAACAUCAUGCAGGAGCACACGGUGCUGGUGAUCGCCCACCGGCUCAGCACGGUGGAAAAGGCAGACAACAUCAUCGUGAUCGACAGGGGCUGCGUGGCCGAACAGGGGUCCCACGCUCAGCUGAUGGCCAGCGGCGGACUCUACUGCAAGCUGGUGCAGAGGCAGGUCCUGGGCAUCGAGACUGGGGCAGAGGUGCUCAAUCCGCCGGAGGCCGUGCCGUGGAAGUCUGACGGAGGACGGCGGCGGAGAAGAGAAGGCAGCGGCAGCAGCGGGAGCGAGUCAGAGUUCAGUAUGCGUUACUGAGGGCCAGCUGCGUGGUGCAAGACGUAUUCACACGACAGGCGAAUGAUAAUCAGGGUUUUCUAUGCUGCUGGGACAUGGAAAGGGAGAAAA